AUGCGCGUGUGUAACAGCAGAAAGAAGUGCAACGUCGACGAAUGUUCUUCACCGCACCAUCCUUUGCUGCACGGUGCACCUCGGAUUUUUGUACCACCUCAAUCAGAAGAAUCGAAUAAAUCGGCAGCAGCAAUUAAAUCAAGAAAAAUUUCGGCAAUUGAAGCCAACGGCAUUCAGAAAGAUUCAGUUGGUCUCUUAGACCCUGGAAGUCAAGCCUCGUUGAUUAUCGACAAACUCGCCAAACAUCUCAUACUGGAAGGACCAUUGGAGUCAUCACCACUCAGCGCGUUCCAUGGCGAUGACCCGAAAAAUAAAGUAAGAAAAGUAGCCUUUAACAUCUUAACAAGCGACACCAGCAAAUCGUUGAAUGUUAAAGCCGGUUACACGGUGCCAAGGCUGGAAAUCCAAUCGGCAAAAGUCGAUUGGACGACAUUCAAACACCAAUGGGACCAUCUCACCAACAUUGAGCCGAUCAAUGCAAACUUGGCGCAAGUUGAAGUUUUAUUAGGACGCGAUGUGAUGCGGGUUCAUGACGUUCUCGAUUCUCGAUAUCAAUCCGACGGCGACGAUGCUCCUGACGGAAUAAAAACACAUUUCGGCUGGUGUAUUGCCGGUCCAGUUCCGUCAGUCAUGCUAAACCCGUCCGUCAAUUCAAUUUCAACUCAUCGGUUUUCCGACCAACUUCUUCAAGAUUUUGUGACACAAUUUUGGUUGACAGAAACCUUUGGCGUUCGUCCUCUCACGACUCCGACGCAAGAAGACAAAAUCGCUCUGAAGAUUCUACAAAAAACUACACAGCAUAAUGGCGAGCGAUACGAGCGUUCGUGGCGUGUUAUUCCAAAUUUGUGGUGGAAUACAUCGUUGGGUCACGCCAAGGAAGUUAACGACUCCGAACCAGCCUCUCCAGGUUUCAUCUGGUAUAUGCCUCACCACGGAGAAGUUAAUCCUCACAAACCAGAAAAGGUGCGAGUUAUUUUCAACCCGUCAGCCCGCCAUCGAGGAACUUCACUCAACCAGCUCUACAAAGGGCCCGACCUUUUAAGUAGUUUAAUUGGCGUCCUUCUCCGAUUUAGGCGUUUUCCGGUUCCAAUUUCUGGUGACAUCGAAAAAAUGUACCACCAGGUGUUAGUUCCGGCCCAGCAACAAUCCCUCUUUCGGUUCCUGUGGAAAAAUCCAGACGAAGUGGGAUCACCAAAAACAUUCCAGAUGACCGUCCAUGUAUUCGGCGCAGUAUCUUCUCCCACAAACUGCAUUUAUGCCUUGAGAAGAACCGCAGAAGAUUUUGGAUCCCGUUACCCAUCAGUAGCCGAGCGUGUUCUCACAAACAUCUAUGUCGACGAUUACUUGGACUCAACCAAGACGGAAGAAGAAGCUGCUGACGUCGUAAAAAACGUUUCCGCCUUGUUGAAAUGUGGCGGCUUUAAUAUGGCGCAGUGGCUUUCCACGUCUCGCACAGUAUUGGCAACUUUAGAUAAAUCCGACCUCCUUCGAUCGCUUGAUCUAGACGCCGAUCAAUUGCCAAUCGAACGCACGCUGGGUCUGCUAUGGAAUUGCGAGAACGAUUCAUUUAAUUUCAAAUCAUCCAUCGAAUCCACCGCCAAAACAAAACGACAAGUGCUCCAGCAAGUUGCUUCAGUUUUCGACCCUUUGGGCUUUUUGGCGCCGAUUGUGAUGAGCGCUAAAAUUCUACUCCAAGACAUUUGGAGAUCCGGAUGUGAUUGGGAAGAUCCGCUUCCACAACGUCUUUUAUCCAUUUGGAAUUCAUGGGCAACCGAACUCCAAGCGAUUAAUUCAAUUAAAAUCCCGCGGUGCUUCCAAUUAAAAGAAAAGCCAAUUUCUUAUGAGCUUCACGUCUGCACGGAUGCAUCCGAACUCGGUUUUGGAGCUUGCGUGUACCUACGAGCAGAAUAUCAAUCCAGUUUUCGCCUCACCCUCCUGUUGGCGAAAUCCAGAGUGUCACCUCUUCGCCAGCUCUCAAUGCCAAGACUCGAGCUGCAAGGAGCUGUGCUUGGCCUCCGCCUUUCUAUUACAGCCAGCAAAGGGCUUGGUCCAAUCGCGGCAAAGAUUUUUUAUUGGUGCGACUCACAAAUGGUUUUACAGUGGAUUCAUUCCAAGUCCUGUAAGUACCACGCCUUCGUGGCCCAUCGCGUCACGGAAAUAUUGGACAGCAGCCAGUGGAGGCACAUCCCAGGAGAAGUGAAUCCCGCAGAUGAUUUUUCUCGAGGGAUUCCAGCCACUCAUUCAUCACCUCAACAUCGAUGGUUUCGCGGGCCGGAUUUGCCUCAAAGUUCCUGGCCAGCAAGCAUCACAAUAACUGAGCCCUCCUCCGAUGAUCCUGAAGUUUCACCAGCAAAGUGGGUCGGCUAUGUACAAGUGGCCGACGACCACACCUUUAAACUUUUUAAAGCUUCGUCUAAUUUACACAAGUUGAAAAGAUAUGUAGCAUGGCUGCUUCGCUUUGUCAACAACCAAACUCUCAAACCCGACUCUUGCAACAUCUCUCCGUUUUUUAAGGCGCCGGAAUUCCGAGAUGCCUUACGAUUCAUCAUUCGGGUGGACCAGCGCCAUUAUUUCGAUGAAGAGAUGCGAUGCUUAAAACAGAAAAAACCUGUGCCUACUGCCUCGCAGCUAGCCACACUCACACCAGUUUUAGACACCUUCGGCAUCAUCCGAUUCGAAGGCAGAAUUCAACAUUCGUCGCUUCCAGAAGAUGUCAAACAUCCGAUUGUUCUCUCAUCGGACAGUCAACUAGCUAUUAUGAUCAUCAGCGACGUUCAUAAGCUCAACAUUCAUUCGGCUACCGAGCCAACUCUACACUAUCUAUGCUCGCAGUACCAUGUUCUUCACCCGAGAGCUACCAUCAAUAAAGUCAUCCGCCAUUGCUUUCCGUGA